AGUACAGUCUAAAAAACAAGAAAUACAAUUAUGUACAAAAGCAUUUUUGGCUGCAUUGAGAGUUAACAAGAAUACAUUAACUACAGUUGCUGAUAUGUGCAUGAGUAACAAGGAAGCUCCAACUGGGAAAUCUCCACGUAACUGGGACAAGAGCACUCUACUUUUGAUUGCUUGGCUGGAGGAUUACUUCAGAUUUCAUGGCGAAAGAAUGCCUCACCGAAACGAGAUUGUGAUGCCAUAUGGAACAGUGAAAAGUCAUAUUUAUGAACAAUACAAAAUGGAUGUGGAAAAUCCAGUGAGCAAAAGCCAGUUCUACAAGAAAUGGAUUGACAGCUUCCAGUUUGUUAAAACGAAAAAGACCAACAGCUUCAGCAAAUGUACAACUUGUGUGACAUUAGAAAGGCUAAUGAGCAAAACCACCUCUUUCGAGAUGCGUGCUUUCUACAAGAAAAAGAAAGAAGAGCAUAAUAUUCGUCAAAUGUUAGAAAGGAAGUACUAUUACAACAAAAAAGACCAGGCACAACGCAAUCCAAGCCAGCACAUGUCCAUAAUUAUCGAUGGUAUGGAUCAAGCAAAGACCAAUUUGCCACAUUUUGCUGGGAGGAACCCAAAGAAUCUGCAUGCAGUGGAUCUUCUGCAUACCCAUGUCACUGGAGUGCUAAGUCACGGGCAUGGAGGGUUUCAUGCCUAUGUGGACAUUAAUGAAUAUCCUCAUGAUCCCAACUUGACAAUCAACAUCAUACUUAAAGAGCUACUACGUCAAGCCAAGGCAAAUAACAACUUCCUGCCUCCAAAUUUGUUUAUCCAAGCAGACAACUGUUGGAGGGAAAAUAAGAACCGUUAUGUAUUUGCAUUUCUGGAAUUGUUAGUGGCAGAACAGGUUUUCCAUGAGGUUCAUAUGUCCUUCCUUAUUGUUGGCCACACGCAUGAAGACAUUGAUGCAAAAUUUAGUGAGGUGUCCAGGCUGUUAAAUACUAAAGAUGCUGAAUAUUUUGAUGACUUUUUAAACGUUUUGAAAAAUGCAGAGCGUAUCACACAAUUAUUUGAUGUUAAGUCAUGGAUUGAGGGUGAUUUAAACAAAGUUGACCACAUCACCCAACCUUUGCACUUUAAAUUUGUUUCUGUGGACGGUGGUGUAAAAGUGUUUUAUAAAGGGGUACAAUCUCAGCCGUGGUCAGCCCUUAAUGGGAACUUUUUGAAUAAAGCCCCAAGAUAG